AACGAGUAGUUUGUGUUUGUUUGGUACCUACCAAUAUAGUAACUAAUUGGUGUAUUCAAUAUUUUGUAUGUGAUAAAAUUUAUCAUUGAUAGAUAUAAUGUAUAAUUUACAGAAAUCUAUUGUUGUAUUAUAUUUAAUUCACUUAAACUUAUGCCAUGGCAGCAAUUGGCACUACUCAAUAUCUUCAAUGUAUGAACUAUUUGACUUGGAAAUCGAAUAUUUAAUGAUGACAGAAACAUAUAUCAUAAAUGAGUAUACGAGAUUAGAUGAUAUCAGAAAGUUUAUAGAACAACGAAAAAUACAAAACAAAAGAGAGUUGGCAGAGUCGUACACAGAGAGCUCAAUAAAUGCAUUCAAAACAAUUCUGCGCGUCAAAAGUGAUUGGGAAACAUUAAAAAAUAAAGCUGCACAAACAACUGAAAUUGGAGAAUUGAAACAUAAACCAGUGACUUAUGAUAACAUUGUCAGUGGAUUAAAAGCUAUAAGGAGGUUACAGAUUAUAUACGAACUCGAUGCGCACGAAAUAUCAAAUGGGAACAUUGGAGGUCAAACAUAUCAACCGUUUGAUGUCAACGAUUGUUAUGACAUGGCAUCUUUAUGUUACGAUAAUGCUGAAUAUCAUUGUGCAUACUGGUGGUUUGUCGAAGUUUAUGAUAAACACAAAGAAGACAAUAAUAAAUUAAACAUUGAUUACACUACAUUCAUAACAAAAUUUGUCUGGUCGAGUUAUUUAGUUGGUAACAUUAACCAUGCAAUGGAUGUAUUAACCAAAUAUGUUAAAGAAAAUAACCAAAUGAAUGAAAAUCUGACGAAUAUUCGGUACACAGUAUGGGCCGGACUUAACGUUUUUAGACAAAACACGGCAAACGAUGAUGAUAAAAAAUUCUAUUCGUAUUCACUUCAAAAACUAGAUUCAGAGAAAGAAGUGAGUUAUUUCAAAACUGCAUGUAUGAAUACAAUGAAUUACAAAUACCCUUAUUUGAAAUGCCGUUAUUAUCAUGGAGAUAAUAAAUAUUUGAUGAUUGGUCCAUUACGUGAAGAAAUUGUUUUGUUAGUACCAACUAUAAAGCUGUAUCAUAACGUCCUGUACGACAACGAAAUAAAAAGGAUAAAAGAGUUAGCGAAACCGAAGCUAGAAAAAUUGACAAUUGAUACAAACGAAGAUAUCUCUCUGAGAAAAGUGGCAUCGUUUGAGAAACAUAAUAAUCAAGUCUUUGAGACAAUUAACCACAGAGUUGCACAGAUUACUUCAAAGUCCACCACAAACGUUGUGGACAAAUACGUCGUUACCAAUUACGGUGUCGGCGGACAUUACUUACCGCAUACUAAGUACAUUGACGAUAACCAUUUGAUCAACAGUAAAGAACGAGAUGCCAUAGUUGUUUUCCAUAUGGACGACGUUCCGGAAGGAGGUGCUACGGUUUUGCCUGACUUAAAUGCACACGUGCCAAGUGUCAAAGGUUCUGCAUUAGUUAUAUACAAUACGAGAAGCACCAUUUCAUCAAUGGAACAAUUCACUCAAUAUGGGUCUUGUCCAAUAAUUUACGGUGAUAAAUGGACGUUGACCGUGUAUUUAAAACAAUAAAACGAACGCAUAAUAAAUGUGUGAGCAAUAGUCAAGUGUUGUAUAAUACUUCACUAAAUACUACAUCGACAAUCAACAAAGUGACAAGAAAAAUCAAAAUAACGUAAACUAUAACACAUAGGGAAAAAAACAUUAAUAUAAUAUGUAAUAUGUAUUAUCAUUAAUAAUUGUUAUUAUUUUAUAUUUUAAAACAGAUUACAUUAUUUUUUUUUUACAAUUUAAACUGUAAUUUAUUGAAUUAUUUAUAAGUACAUAUACAUUAUAAUAUACUUCCCAUAAUAAUGUUUUAUUGCAAUGUAUGCCAAUAAUAUUUAAUAUAAACAACUAUAGUUUCCGGAUAAAUAUUAACACUGAACUAUUAUAUUGUAUAACAUAGUUAUUAGUUACACUUAAAAUAAAUUAAUAAUAAAUAAUAAUUUGAUGAUAGUAGUAAAACGAUUUUAUAAAAACACAGAUACUUGUAUUUUUAUUGAUGAAUAAAAUUAAGCACUAACACUAUCAGUAAUAGAAAUCGAUUAUAUCCGUGGACGUCAAGCCAUUAUAACCCUAUUGUAUAAAUAAUUAAAUAUGAUAAUGUUGCUUAAAAUC